CCCGCCGCCCGAGAGCCCCCCUUGCACGCCGCCUCCCGCCCCCCGGCGCCCGGACGAUGCUCAAGUCUCGGCUCCGCAUGUUCCUGAACGAGCUGAAGCUGCUGGUGCUGACGGGCGGGGGGCGGCCCCGGGCCGAGCCGCAGCCCCGGGGGGGCGGGGGAGGCGGCUGCGGCUGGGCGCCCUUCGUCGGCUGCUCGACCCGGGACGGCGACGGCGACGAAGAGGAGUACUACGGGUCGGAGCCGCGGGCCCGGGGCCUGGCCAGCGACAAGGAGCCGCGGGUCGGACCCCCGCCGCCGCCCGCGCCGCCGCCGCCACCCCCGGGAGCGCUGGACGCCCUGUCCCUCAGCAGCAGCCUGGACAGCGGGCUCCGAACCCCCCAGUGCCGAAUCUGCUUCCAGGGCCCGGAGCAGGGGGAGCUCCUGAGCCCCUGCCGCUGCGACGGCUCAGUGCGCUGCACACACCAGCCCUGCCUCAUCCGCUGGAUCAGUGAGAGGGGCUCCUGGAGCUGUGAGCUCUGCUACUUCAAGUACCAGGUCCUGGCGAUCAGCACCAAGAACCCACUGCAGUGGCAGGCCAUCUCCCUGACGGUCAUCGAGAAGGUCCAGAUUGCAGCCAUAGUACUGGGCUCUCUCUUCCUCGUUGCCAGCAUCUCCUGGCUCAUCUGGUCCUCACUCAGCCCUUCAGCCAAGUGGCAACGGCAGGAUCUGCUCUUUCAGAUCUGCUACGGCAUGUAUGGCUUCAUGGAUGUCGUCUGCAUAGGCCUCAUCGUCCACGAAGGCUCCUCUGUCUACCGCAUCUUUAAGCGCUGGCAGGCAGUGAACCAGCAGUGGAAGGUCCUGAAUUACGACAAGACCAAGGACAUUGGAGGAGAUGCAGGGGGAGGGACGGCAGGGAAGCCGGGCCCCAGGACCUCACGGACGGGCCCCCCCUCUGGGGCCACCAGCCGCCCCCCGGCUGCCCAGCGCAUGCGGACGCUCUUGCCUCAGCGCUGUGGUUACACAAUCCUGCACCUCCUUGGACAGCUACGGCCACCAGAUGCCCGUUCCAGUUCCCAUUCUGGCCGAGAGGUUGUCAUGAGAGUCACCACAGUCUGAAACUGAACUCCAGGAGCAGGGAUCUUGAGUCGAUGCAUUGGCCAGAGAUGAGCUGUCAUGGCUGCUGGAGGUACCUCCUGGACAAGGUGUUUAGGGCACACUGCCCCCACCACUGAGGAUCUCUGGGGGCAACCUCAAGCUGGAGACAUUGUCUGGCCUGUGCUACCCACUGGGUAGAGACACCUGGAUGACAUUCCAGCCCCCUACCGAUAGCUCCUCACACUCAUCUUGGGGCAGCCAGUGGGCAGGUGGGGAGAGCAUCUUUUCUUCCCUAGAGAACCGUCCUUACCUCAGCUCCUAGGGCCUCCAGUCCCCAGCUCCACCAUGGUGACUUGGUGAAGGGGGACCAAUGCCAGAAGAAAGGGGUUUUAGACCCCUUAUUCCCCACCCUAUGGCCACAGGGCAGCUGGCAAUAAGACUAGUAUACAUUGACCUCCCGUUCCCUGCAUGAGGGCGGGAGGGGGGGACCUCGCCCUGCUCCACCCCCCCAUUGCAUGGGGGGAGGGCAUAAAGAAUCAUUUAUAUGCACGUGGAGACUCCUUUCUCAUCUGGGGCUUUUCUGAGGGUUGGGAGGUGUGGGGAGGUUUCUCUGCAGAGGUUGCAAAUCCUAAAUGCAGCAGUGGGUUCUGAGUUGGAGGUGUAACUCCCACUUGCUGGCGAAUAAUUCACAGUGGCUGCUAGGUGGCAGUGCUCAGAGGUGUCUAAGGGGUGGAACUGCCACCUGCAAGUUGUAUGAUUUAGGAAAAAAAAAAAAUCUCUCCGCCGUGGCUUUCCUGUCUACCUCAUAGGGUUGGAAUGAGGAUAAAUGAGGGACAGGUUGAAAGCCAUUGCAAAGAAAAUUAAUGAUGGCGUAAAAAGAUUUCUAGACUAGUUGGUGGUCCAUUUGUUUCAAAUAGUAGCUGGUUAACAAAUUCCAGAAUGUGUUUUUCACCUGGAGUUUCACAGAGCCUUGGAAAUUUGUGUUGACUGUCAUAAUACAAAUGGAAAUAUGGGGGGAAAUAGAAACUGCAAAUAUGAAGGAUGGCGGUUAUUUGCAAAAAAAAAAUAAGAGCUCCCGCAACACCCGAAACACUGGGAGCUGGGGAAGGAUGGAGCUAUCCUUCUUGCUCUGGGGAUCUUGUGGGUUCUAUCAGUCCUUCCAAGAUAAUGUGUUCCACCCAGGGAAGUGGUGUGAAAUGAAUCUGGACUUAUUUGGAGUGAGACAGAAUGUCCCAAAGUUAUGGAUCUCCAACCUUGGCUUAAGCUUCUUCUAUGGCAGUUCAGGGUCACAGGUCUGACCGUGUGCCUCAGCUAGUGGUAUUCACUGGAAGGUGUUGUGCCUGGAGGCAGCAGUGUAGAGGGCUGUUGUUAUAGAGAAAGGGUUUGGGAAGGACUGGUUAAAAUGUGGGUCAGCCUGAGGCCUGCUUCCUUUCUCCUGAGGCCUUGGGGCUGUGUAUUAUAUGAAUUAUGGUGUCUUUUAAGUGAACUAUUCAUCAGCAAUUAAAAUAAUUACUUCAUACAUUGUUAAGUCA